AUGGAAGCUGCAAAGAACGCCAUCAACCACGUUUUGGGAUAUGACAAGGAGGAGUCGUCAGAUAACCACACUCACCAUCAUGCCCACGGCCAUCACCACAACGACGCACCCACCGGUAACAACACCAGCUCGUCCGCAAGCGAGACGCCCUCCAAGCCCGUCUCGGCAGGAAACAGUGGCAGCAAUGACCAACAAGGCAACCCGGAGGACCUCAACCGGGUCCAAUCCCCCAAGCAGGGCGCUGACCCAGCGCUCGUCGGCGACCCCAACCCUACGGAGAAGCUUUCGGGCAAUGCCGCCCCGGGCAGCCACAGUGCCGUGUUCGGCCUGACCCCGGACGGCAAGAAGGUCAGUGACACCUCCCACGGCAGCUCGGCCCCCAAGCCGGCGCACAGCAGCGAGACCGCCGUGGGCGGGGGAAAGAAAGACGCAGACAGUGACACCAGUUCCCGCGCCACGGGCAGCGGAGAGGUGGGCGAGCAGAUGCAAAAGGCCGGGGCAGAUCAAGGUGAAAAAGGUCUGCAGCGGACGGACCCCGCCCCGCAGCCGGCCGGCAGUGACGGUAAGCCAGGGGCAGGUCUUACGGGGUUGCAACAGGGCAGCGGAAAGGUUUGA